AUGAAUGCCUUUUUUGAUGGAUAUGUCAACCCAAAGACUACAUUAAAACAAUUUGUUAAACAAUAUGACAAUGACUUGAAAAGUAAGGUAGAGAAAAAGAAGAAAGCUGACUUCAAGUCUUGGUACAAAGUCUUUGAUUGCCUAACUGUGUAUGGUUUUGAGAAGCAAUAUCAGGAUGCCUACACCAAUGCAAAAUUCAAAAAAGUUCAAGCAAAGAUAAAGAGACUAGUUUAUUGUCAGUCGUUUCUUGUGAAAGAAGAGGGUUCAAUUUGUACAUAUUUUGUGAAGGAAGCCGUGGUAGUUUUGGGGAAGAUGAAGCAUGUGGACUUUGUUGUCUAUUAUAAUUCGACAGAAUUUGAUGUGCAAUUUAUGUGUCGGUUGUUUGAAUUUAGGGGCAUCAUGUUUGCUCACUCACUCGUUGUGCUCAUUAUAAGAUGCAUAAAUGAGGUUCCAAAUAAAUACAUUCUACCACGAUGGAGAAAAGAUUUGGAUAGAUGGUACACAUGCAUAAAAACCACAUACACUGGCUUUGGAGAUAAUUUCAAUGCAAAGGUCUAUGAUAAGAUGAACAAAAAAUUGAUUGGCAUUGUACACUUUGCUGGGAACUCUGAAGGGAAAAUAAAAAUUAUCGACCAUGGGUUGGAUGAAAUCAAGGCAAGAGUGAUGAAAGAUGAUGAAGGUGGUGGGUGUAAUGUAGCACCUUUGACUAGUAAUGUACCACCUAUUACUAGUAAUGUACCAUUUUCCCCAAUUGACAGCAUUAAUAGAAAGGCAAUCAGUCAUACAAAGUUGCUUAGUCCUUUGGUUGCUCACCGAAAAGGUCGUCCAGUUAGUAAAAGAAAGGUCGCCAAAGUAGAUCAAAUAGUCAAUUUGUUGAAGGCAAGCAAAAGAAAACAUAACAAAUCAAAGGGACACAUGGUCAAUGCUAUUGGAGGCACAUCUCUUACCUCGGCAAGUUCGGACAUUAUGAGAAGACAAAGUUUCAUGAAUGCCCCAACUCAGAUUUAUGGAGUCGGCACAUCUCUUACCCUGUCGGACUGUAUUAGAGGCACAUCGGGAAUUAUGAGAACUCAACAAUCCAUGAGUAUUACGCAUCAAAUUUAUGGAGUUGUACCGUCUUUAUUUGUUGACUUGAAUGUACAAAUGGACUACAAUGACCGUGGUAGUUUUCGUUAG